CAAUCUGACCAUUCUCAGGCAAGCACUGGAUCGUUCUCCAACAGACCAUAGGAUACAGACAGAACGCACACAUAACACUGGACACCUCACAGGCCGGGAUGAGACUGUUGAUUCUGCUGGGGGCUAUCGCAGCCGGAGUUUGGUCACAGGUACCUGCAGGAUGCAGGUCCAAGCUGGACAUCGUGUUCCUGCUGGACGCAUCCUACAGCGAAGGGAGCGAGAACUUCAAGAAACAGGUCCAAUUCGUGGAGAACUUCGUCAACCAAUUCAACGUCGGACCGGACGCCGCCCAAUUCAGCGCCGUCACGUUUGCAACGUCAGUCCAUAACGUGUUUUACCUGAACACCUACUCCACUGUAUCAGGCGUGGUAAGCGGCAUCCAGAAGAUCUCGUACAGACCAGGGGCCACCUACACGGACAAGGCUCUCAGUUAUGCUCAGACAGUCUCGUUCCAGCCCCAGCAUGGAGGGAGACCGGACGCCGAGAAGAUCGUCAUUGUGUUGACCGACGGCCAGUCAUCAAGCCAUGCCAACACCCUCACCCAGGCCCAGGCUUUGCAUGCCUCCGGGGCGGAGGUCAUUGCUGUUGGUAUUGGUAACUCCGUGUCAAACUCUGAACUGGAGGCCAUUGCUAGCGAUUCAAGCCACGUGUUUCAGGUGCAAGACUUCGAUCUCCUAAAUACUAUCCAAAACCAACUCACUAACGCGGCCUGUCAGCAAGCAGCUUUACACUGUCAGUCAGCGGUCGCAGACAUCGUCUUUGCCGUAGACUCCUCCUCAAGCAUCACAUACACAGAUUUCUCAAAACAGACGCUCUUCAUUAAAAACCUCGUCAGACAGUACAACGUGGGAUCAAACGAAACACAAUUCAGCGUGGUGUCAUUUGCUUCUAGAGUUCAUCCCGAAUUCUCUCUGAACAAAUACCCAUCCAAAACUCAAGUCGUGGGUGCUCUUUCCAGCAUCAGGCACCACCUGGGAUCAACCCACACAGAGGACGCUUUGAAUUACAUCGCCAACAACAGUUUUUCUUCCUCCAACGGCGGACGGCCAGGCGUGGACCAGUGGGUGAUCGUGCUGACCGAUGGAGAGUCGACAACGCCCACAGAAACAGCCGCCGCCGCCGACAGACUCCACAAGAUGGGGAUUAAGGUGAUAUCUAUUGGUAUCGGGAAGGGAGCUAACCAGGCAGAACUAGAGGCCAUCGCCACGGACCCCCAGCACGUGUACCGCGUGGACGACUAUGACGCUUUACACUCCCUGAUGAUGAAUAUUGAGACCACCACAUGUGGCUAUAAUGCUUGCCACGGCAACAAGGCGGACAUCAUGUUUUUGCUGGAUUCCUCGGCCAGUGAGGGUGCUACCAAUUUCCAACAUCAGCUCGAAUUUGUUCAGAACUUUACAGAUAAAUUUGACAUUGGACCAGACGCAGUGCAGAUCGGUCUAGCUACAUUCUCCACCAAACCCCACGGCUAUUUCUGGCUCAACACAUAUCAGAACAAGACGGACCUUGUGAACGCCACGGGUUACGUCCCCUACCUCCCGGGCAGUACCUUCACCGACCUUGGUCUGCAGUUUGCACUGAAUGAAAGUUUCACUACUGCACAUGGCGCUCGAGACGCCAGUGUACCAAAGAUAUUGGUGGUGUUAACUGACGGCCAGUCCACGGACCCCCCUGCUACGGCUGUCAUGGCUGACCAGUUACAUCGCGCGGGCAUCAAGGUCAUCACCAUAGGAAUCGGUCAAAACGUGCACAAGUCAGAGCUGACGGUGAUCGCCACGGACAGGAACCACGUGUUCACCGCCACCGACUUCAAAUCGCUGUCCACCUUACAGACGGACCUACAGCUUGAAACAUGUAGAAAUGAGAAACCAAACACAGAAUGUGGGGACAAGCCAGCAGACAUUGUGUUCGUUCUGGAUGCAUCAGGUAGUGAAGGUGUGGAAAAUUUUAAAAAAGAACUCAACUUCACCGCCGAAUUCAUCAAGGGGUUUCAAGUUGGACCACAACAUGUUCAAUUUGGUUUGGUUACCUUUUCUAAUUACGGCCGAAGUGAGUUUUAUUUCAACACAUACAAAGACCUGCAGUCCAUUUUACACAAGCUGGAGACGAUCCACUACUCUGGCGGCUCCACCCACACAGAAUCCGGCCUGUCGAGUGCCAAGUUCCAAUUCUACUCGCACCACGGCGCUAGACCCAACGCCCAGAAAAUCGCUAUUGUUCUAACGGACGGCCAAUCCUACUCCACCUCAAGGACGAUCCAAAAGGCCAACGACCUAAAGGGGAUAGGUGUCAAGGUCAUUUCAGUUGGCAUUGGAAGUAGUGUGAGUCAGACCGAGCUGAAUGGAAUCGCCACGGACCUGCAACACGUGUUCAACGUCACCGACUUCAACGCCCUGAAUUCAAUCCAAUACGAGAUCAAAACAGCGGCCUGCGCUGUUCCUAACCCUCCAGUCAUUUCUCCAGAAUGUGGAAGUGGACUGUCAGACAUCGUUUUCCUCCUCGAUUCCUCUGGUAGCGAGACCAGACUGAACUUUCAGAAGAUGCUUACGUUUGUCCAGGACUUCACUAGACAGUUUGACAUCGGACCCAAAAACGCACAGAUCGGAGUAGCCACGUUUUCUUCUGACGUUCAUGAAAGAAUAAAACUCAACAAAUACAGUGACAAGACCGCCCUGUUGGCAGCCAUUUCUGGCAUCCCCUACGACGCGGGAGCGACUUACACGGAUGAGGGUCUGCAGUACGCCCGCACGUACGCCUUCCUGCCGUCGCACGGUGGACGAGCAAACGCCAGUCGGAUCGUAAUAGUGAUGACGGACGGACAGUCAAUGAAUCACGCCAACACACAACGGGAAGCCACAGCCUUAAAAUCACAACCGAACAUGAAGGUGAUAGCCAUCGGGAUCGGGUCAGGAGUGAACACCCAGGAGUUGAACAGCAUCGCCAGUGAUCCCCAGCACGUGUUCACCGUGGCCAACUUUGACGUUCUGAACAAGCUAAACUCGGAACUGACCUUCACCUCUUGUCAAACUUGCGGUUUUAUCCAAACCGCCGAUAUAAUAUUCGCGGUGGAUUCCUCGGGUAGUGAGGGCCCCGUUAAUUUCCAGAAACAGCUGGACUUUGUUCAGACCUUCGUCAGGGACCUUCCCGUCGGCCCCAACAACGUUCAGUUCAGUGUGCUGUCCUUCGGUUCCACUGUACAGAACAACUUCUACCUGAACCAGUUCUCUGACAAGCGACCGAUAUUGGACGCCAUUCAGCAGACGGACAACGUCGGGGGGUCCACACAGACAGGAGAGGCGCUACAGUACAUCCGGGAACACAACAUCCUGUCAGCCAACGGGGCCCGUUCCAAUUCCUCUCUGUUCGUCAUCGUUCUGACCGACGGAGCGUCCACCGACAAGGCUGCGACCUUGACACAGGCCAAUCUGCUGAAGGCCACAGGAGCAACUGUUGUAGCUGUCGGGGUCGGAUCUGGUGUGGACAAGGCCGAGCUGAACUCCAUCGCCUCGGACCCUAACCAUGUGUUCAACGCCCAGAACUUUGAUGCUCUGCAGACAUUGAAGGAAGAUGUGAAGAAAGCGGCUUGUGAUGGUAUCAACACGACCAUGGUGGCUGUUCCCUCUACAACUCCCAUUGUUCUAGGUGAUUAUUCAAACGCCAGAGGGACUCUGAUUGGGGCUCUUUUCGCUAAUCUUGGCAUCUCCACCCGGGAAUUGUCAAAAGACAAAGAAAUGGACCUACGGACCCACUAUUCCUGCUGGCUGUCUAAACCCUUACCACUGGAUCUGCCAUUUGGACGAUUGCUCUGUUUCGAAAAAACAAGAGGUUGCAGCGACAACUCACUGGAACGACAGAUCAGAGAUAUCUUUAAGGUCUUAGUUCCUCUCCUGAAAAACCAGAGUACAACAAUUAUAACUCCACUGUUGUCUACCGGAAACCAGCACUCGGACGAAAUCACAGUGCUGCAAUCAAUAGUUACUGGCGCCAUAAGUUGGAUCCAGGCAGGGCUUCCCCUGAAAAAGUUAAAAAUAGUUCUAUACGAAGACAACAACAAGGAGCUAAAUAGUAAAUUCGCCAAGUUAAAGCAAACACACCUGAAAUCUCAGCGUAAGAGGCAAGCUGUUAAAGAAUAUGACAUAUUUCUGAUGCAUCAACCAACUGACGCGACGAUAGUUUCCUCACUGAAGCAGAAUCUCCUUGCCAAGAACGAUAAACUGUCCAUUUAUUACGACCCCUCCAAGUUUGACCAGAAAGGUGUCUGGCAGCAGGAAAUAUUUGAUCUGAUGAUGGGCAGUAAAAGGAUUGUUCCAGUGUUGACCCCUAACUUUGUCAAAAGUGACGAGUGUUUGGAAAUGUUUAACAUGGCCAUUUGCUGCACACGGAGGAAGGGAAAAGAUUUCCUGGUGCCCCUGUACUUUGAAACUAUCCAGAUUAUACCGGUCAGCAUCAGCUUGGUCCAGUUCCUGGACUGCAGGGUCAGGAAGGAAGGAGACACUCCUGCUCUGAAGAUGGAGUCGGUCUGUACUCGGCUGAUGCUGACAGAGACAGAGGGUGGGGAAAGUAAUGUCUCUCAAGCAGACGACAAUGUCAACCAUGACGUCUUCAUUUCGUAUGCUCACAAAGAUCCCAAGCAAGCCCAACUUUUGUUGGACGAGUUUGAGAAGCAGUAUCCUGAUAUGGAAGUGUUUUUUGACCGACAAGAUUUAAAAGUCGGCGGUAUGUGGCAGAAAGGCCUGUACUACUCUCUGGACACCGUCAAGUGUGUGGUGGCGCUAGUGUCGCCUAGUUACCUUUCGUCUGUGGUCUGUCAGGAAGAGUUCAACAUCGCAAUGUAUCGCAGUCAAAACAAAGCCGAUAAUUUACUUUUGAUUCCUGUGUGUAUCGAGGACAUUCCUUCUGUUCCAUGCCUUUAUGGUCAGCACAGGCUUGUAGACUUUAGAGGAAACCAGUAUAGUGAAUUGAUUCCAAGUCUUGUUAAAGAUGUUGCAUCCUGGGUUAAAGCAAAUAAAAGGCCAAAGUACUGCUCUAACACAGCAUCAAAGGUCGCCCUGUUUGAUUUUAAGAGAAUGUCUGAAAUCAGAAAAAAAGAGGUGUAUGAUUCAUAUAAUAUAAGAACAAACAGCGUGGAGAGGAAAUCCUCUUUUUCUGUGCCCCCGCUGAACCAGUCUGAGAAUCACGUGGUAGUUAGUGUCAGUCAGAACGACCUUUCCCUGGCCACUAGUUUGUUGUACCAGCUAGAAAAGAAAAGCCCGGAUAUUCAGACCAGUCUUAUAGUUGACAGGACAGGCACUGACUUAAAGUGUUUGCAAACGUCUCAAAAAAUUGUAGUGUUUUUAUCGAAUCAAUAUCUGGAAUCGCCUCACCACUUGGAGGAACUCUUCAUAUCCAUAAUCCGCCAGAGAAACGAGCGGGGGAGGAAGGUUCUGUACUUGUGUCAGGCCUCCCAGCUCGCGGACAAACCUUCAUUCGCACAUUUACUACCCAUUGAUAUCAAUCUAGGGGACCCAUUUUGGAACGGUAUGUUCACAGAAUCAACAAAAACUGUGAAACUGUCUUUAAGGGAUCUGCAGGGGUCUUUUACAUACAGAUCACAAGAUUUUGCAGCCAUGACCAAACUAGCGGACGACAUUUUGCUUGAAAUUGCUGGUCUUACCCAAGCUAAACCAUCACCAAUCAUUGAAAAUGGAAUUCAAGAGAAUUCAGCAGUCCCACUAGAACUAAGCCAGUGUCUGGUAAAGAUGACUGAUACACCUCAGAGUUUUGAUAAUUCAAGACUUCCUCGGACGGCUGAAGAGUCUAACGACCCAAACAAAGAACAAGCACCGGUCCCACUACAAAGCAGUGCGCGCCAGGAGGAUGCAAAGCCAGACAGAGAACACGCGCCUGUUACUUCUCCAAACGACCCGCCCCAGGAGGACACGAAAUCCAAGGAUCCUGACACGGCACCAAAGUUAACUACCUCUCCAAACGAUCCGCCCCAGGAGGACACGAAAUCCAAGGAUCCUGACACGGCACCAGAGUUAACUACCUCUCCAAACAAUCCGCCCCAGGAGUCGGAGUCUAUACCCCCAGUGUCUGACCAUAGCCCAUCUAAAGAUGCUAGAACUCGCUCAGAAAAGAAAUCCUCCUCCUGUAAUAUUCUUUGACGAAAGAAUUCUGUCCGUUUUAUUUUUCAUCUAACUGCACACAAUGGACACUUGUAGUUGUAGUUGUACCUGGCAACGGGUAACACAACGAAUCGUUACAUGCGCGUAAAUUAUGCGCGUACGGUUCGCCGUGGAAUUCACGUCAUUACAAUAUAAAAGCUGUAUAGUUUUCUUUAAAAUUAAGAAAUUCAGUAUAAUAAAAUAAAUAGUGCCUGUU